GCCAUUGACCUGGAAUCCCCAGGAAACCUAACCGCAGUUCCUGGACAGGAAGCUGUGAUUGCCGUCUGACCCAGUAGGCUGUGUGCACGGGCAAGCUCUGGACCUCCAUUUUAUAGCCCUGGACACAGUACACACGGCCAGAGUCCCCUCUGGAAGGGAAAUAAAAGGAACUGCUUGGGUUCCCAUGGCUAUGGUCAACACCUUCACCCCAGGGCUCAGCCCUCACAGUCCGCAUUAUAUUCCGGGGUACACAGGACACUGCCCACUGCUUCGGUUCAGCACGGGCCAGCCCUACGGACAGGUGACUGCUCAGCUACUCCGAGGCGCUCCAGGCGUGGCCUGGCCUCCCGCGCGCCGCACUCUUCUGCCGCCCAUCCGGGCUCCACAGUGUCCUGUCAUCUCCAGGCUACCUCCCAGGCGUGGCCAUGAACGGCUCGGCUCCCACAUAAUCCCUGGGUACACAGGUUUUAUACCACAGGCGCAGUUCAUUUUUGCCAAGAACUGCAACCAGGUCUGGGCUGAAGCUAUGAAUGACUUCACACAGAGGUGUGGGGAGCAGGCCAGUCAUGAGCUGCCGAGGGAGGCCAAGGGAGAAAGAGAGGAGAAAGGCCAUGGGCCGGAGGCCGAGGAGCCAGUGCUGAAGCAGACGGUGGGACAAGCUUCCCCGUACUCCAUGGAUGAUACAGACCCCCAGAAGUUCUUCAUGUCAGGCUUCACUGGCUAUGUGCCCCGUGCCCGCUUCCUCUUUGGCUCCGGCUUCCCUGUGCUCACCAACCAGGCCCUGCAGGAAUUUGGGCAGACAUGCUCACGGGGCAGGGCGCGGAAGGAUCCCAAACCUCUCUCCCCACUUCCCAGGCCCAGCUUUCAGAGCCUGGGUCUUCUGCCUCACUAUGGAGGCUACAUACCAGGAUAUAAAUUCCAGUUUAGUGGUACAUUUGGGCGUCUCACCCAUGAUGCUCUGGGCCUCAGCACCACUCAGAAACAGCCAUUGGCUUAAGUACCUGGAUUUCAAGCUCUCCCCUUUCAUCCGAUCGCAGCGGCCCUUUUGGAAGGCUGACAGGCAGGUGGGGGAGGGGCACAAAGAA